AUGGCCGAGGAGAAGAAAUACAUCAAGAAGAAGCAGAUUCGACCGGGCGCCAUCGUGCUGGCGGACGAUGACACCGCGAUUCUGGUGCACUACGAGCUGGAGGGCCAGAUGUACGCCGCGGAUGGGGUCACGGUCGUCACCGAGCGGAGCAACGCCACGAAGCGAAUCAAGGUGAAAACCAUCGGCGCCACCACCGACAUCGAGGGACUCGCGGCGGAGAUCGUCGACAAGUGCAAACUCAUCCACCACUCCAAGAUACCCAAGGUGGAAGGUCUUCUGCGCGACCUGCGCGAUAGGGAGGCGGGCGGGGGGCACCAACCCGUCGCCGUCGUCCGGGGCGCGCCCACCGCGGAGGCACCCGCGAACGCCCGCCGAGGUACCGCCCCGAAGCCCUCGUCGAUGUCGUCGAUGUCGUCGCCGUCGUCGUCGUCGUCCAUCGGUUCCAAACGAGCCGGCGUCGGCGCCGCGCCCGCCGCCGCGGCUCGUCCCCAACCACGCGACGAAGACCCGACGAGCCCCACGCUGCGACAGAUGGAACGUCUCGCCAUCGCCGAGGACGAGAGGGUGCUGAGGGAAACCACCGCGGGUGGCGCGAGCAUGGACCUCGCGUACGCCAACGCCAGGGUACCGUCGCUGGCGAACGUCAAGUCGCACGCGGAGGAUCUGGACGACUACCUGGAGAGGCUGUACGACGACGACAUGAACGCCAGGGUAGACGCCACCGCGCGCAUAGCCGCGCUGGCGCGACGCGUGGAGAAUUUGCCGAUGCUGCUCGGGCACGACACGCUGGUGCAGACGCUCGCGAGGGUGUUGCGAGAGGAGGGGCGCAAGAGCGUGGACCUGGCGACCAACGUCGUGUCGGUGUUUUUCGCGUUUUCAAACUACAGCCAGUUCCACCCGGCGAUCCUGGAGAACCAGAUGGGGGACGCGACGAUGCGAAUCGUCGACCUCGAGACGAAGCGACACGACGACAGGCUCGAGACGAUCAAGGAGCAGGGCGAGCUGGACGAGUUCACCGAGAGGCGUCUGGCGCUCGCGGAGCGGAAACAGGACAGGCUGCUGUACGUGUGCUUCUACAUGCUCCUCAACCUGUCGGAGGACCCGAGCGUCGAGAGGAAGAUGAAGAAGCGGAACAUAUCGGUGUACCUGUGCAAGGCGCUCGAGCGCAGAAGCGUGGACCUGCUCGUGCUGUGCGUGACGUUCCUGAAGAAGCUCAGCGUGUACCGGGAGAACAAAGACGCCAUGAAACAGUGCGCCGUCGUGGAUAAACUGGCGAGGUUCGUCCCUGGCCAGGACGUCCUGCUCCUCGCCACGCUGCGGCUGCUGCUGAACCUCUCCUUCGACGAGGACAUGCGAAAAUCCAUGGUGGAGAGGGCGCUGAUCCCGCGCGUCGUUGACCUGAUGAAAAACCCGCACUUUCAGCACGUGUCCAUGGCGCUCCUGUACCACGUCUCGGUGGAUCCCGGAACCCGCGGCAUGUUCGCGUACACGCCCGCGCCGAAGAUCCUCAUGGACUUCAUCCUGCAGGUGGAGGACCUGCACGACGCCCCGGAGCUCAUCGCGCUCGCGGUGAACGUCACGUCGAACGCGAAGUGCGCCGAGAUUAUGUGCGAGCACGUCGUCCAGGGUCCCAAGCGGGAGAGGGGCUUUGACGCGUUGGUGCGCCGAGGGAUUCGGUUGCGGGAUCCGCUCGCGUUUAAGGUGAUACGAAACGUCGCGCGCGCGAGCGACGACGCCCGACGCAACUUCACCCCGUACGUCGUGGACCUCAUACGGCUGAUGAAGGAGGAGGAACCGGGCAGCGAUCUCAUGGUGGAGGUUUUGGGCACUUUGGCCAACUUGAACUGCGACGCGCUGGACAUAACGGAGACGUGCCAGGAACACGGCUUGCUGGAAUACGCCGCCAUCCUGCUCUCGCCCGGCGAGGUGGACGAUGACGUCGCGCUGGAGGCGGUCAUGUUCGUCGGUUCCAUCGUGUGCGAGUUCAACGCGCAGCACGUCGUGGACUGCGGCCUGGUGGAGCGAAUGUACACGCUCAUGUCCGAUAAAAAAGAGGACGACGAAUUCGUUCUUCAAAUCGCGCACGCGUUCGGUGCGAUGCUGCGGUGCGAAGCCACGCGUGAGCGGCUGCUGCGCGGCACUCAGGUUGUCCAUUACCUCGUGGACCUACUCCAGGACACCAACGUCGAGGUGCGGAAGUGCGCGGACUCGGCGCUGGAUGCGGUGAUGGACUACGAGGAAGAUUGGGCGGUUAAGAUUCGCAGGUUAAAGUUCGAGAGUCACAACAGGGAGUGGCUCGAUGCGACGAGGGACGGACCCGGCGACGGCGACGUCGACGGACCCGACGGGUAUCGAUACGAUCCGUACCACGAGGGACCCGGCGGCGGCGGAUAUCGCGACGACGAAUACGGCGACUACCCCGACGAGUACCGCGAGAGCCCGGCGGAUAUGGGCAUGUAUUCGCCCGGCACCGUCCUGGAUAACCCGCAGGAGUACUACGGCGAGGAGGAGGAGGAGGUGCACCCGAACGGCGUGGGAUACGGCGGGUACCGCCGCGAGAACGAGUACUACUGAGCCUCAUUCAUUCGCUCCAUCGAACUAAAACUAAUCU